AUGGCUGCACAAACCAGUCGCUUGUUUCAAGACCAAAACCGUAGUGCUAACAAUGCUGGAGAAGAAACUUUUUCUGGGAAGGCAGAUUUUGCAGGACAGCGGAAAGCUGGGGCUGGGGCAAGAAAACCCCUUGGAGAUCUAUCCAAUGCAGGGAAGCCCGUAAAUCAAGUACAUGGAAAGAAAGUCCUUGAUGGUUCGAUAGACAGAGGAAAACCCUCUAUUAGUCAAUCAUCAAAACCACUCAAGUCAAAAAUUCUUGAGAAUAACAAAAGAACUGCCAGGAAAGCUUCUGAGAAAUCACUUACUGGUUGCAGGAAAGCACUUUCUGACAUUUCAAACUCAGGGAAACCUCAUGUUCCUGAGAUAAAAAAUAAAAUCAGCCUGAAGUCAAGUUCCUUGACAGAGGAAUCUCUUCAUCCCAAUGCAAUAGCUGAAGAACGAAUCUUGCACAAUCAUCAAGAAUGUAUCAAAUCACAGUUUGAAACUGCACAAGUGCAUCAGUUUUUCAAGACUGUUGGACUUGAGGAUGAUUCGGAUGAUCACAUGACAAUUUCCUUUGAAUUGCCUGCAUUAUGUAAACUGAAGUCUGAGAAUGAAUGCUUUGAAUUGGAGGAGGUACCUGAGCGGUUGCCUGUAGUGCAGUCUCUGUCUGCUCAGACUGGUUCCCCAGCACACUGCAAGACUCCAAGCAUACCAAGUUCCUGUUCAAUAUGGAAUGACAUUGCUGUCAAUUUCAAGUUGAUAGAGACACCAAAAUUGUCUAAAAAUUGA